AUGAGAAAAAAUUGCAUAGCUCUUGUUGUAAUUCUUGUGAUAUUUCUUGCUGGUUGCUCUUCCGCUUCAGCAUCGCCCGUCGCCAGAAUUUUAAGUGGGCUUGUCUCCACCAUUGUCAAGCGGCUGUGGUCACUGAAACCCACCAGCAAAACUGCUGUUCAUAGUCGUUCUAUGGUGAAAUUUGAGAGCGGGUACACAGUUGAGACAGUGUUUGAUGGGAGUAAGCUUGGGAUUGAGCCUCAUUCUGUUGGCAUCUCAAUAGAUGGAGAAAUUUUCAUAUUAGACUCAGAAAAUAGCAACAUUUACAAGAUCUCAUCUCCUCUGACUCGAUAUAGUAGAACUAAGUUACUUGCUGGAUCAGCUGAGGGCCACACUGGACAUGUAGAUGGGAAGCUAAGACAAGCUCGAAUGAACCACCCGAAAGGACUUGCAGUUGACGAUAAUGGCAACAUAUAUAUUGCCGACACUAUGAAUAUGGUCAUUAGGAAAAUUAGCGACAAUGGAGUUGUGACGAUUGCGGGUGGGAAAUCGGUUCGUGGAGGAGAACAUGUUGACGGUCCGAGUGAAGAAGCUCGGUUUUCUGAUGAUUUCGAUUUGGUGUACAUUGGAAGUAGCUGCUCUCUUUUGGAACCGAACCAAAGGCCGCCACCCAAAUCCGUCUACCCUCCCUUAAUACCACCCGAAAACGAACACGAGAAGCAAGAGGAGGGCUUGCUCACUUCAUUGGGCCUUUUUUUUUCCAACACGGGCUCGUCAUUUGUGGAAAUUCUUGGCGGGCUAUUCUCCACGAGUCCUAAGAAAAAGCCCGUUUACCCUUCGGGCCCUUGGCCCGUUCAAGAGAGCUUUGUGGUCCCACGCGAAGACGGCCCCCCGCCAGCCGACACGUGGCACUUCCCCACCACUCGGAAAAGCUACCCCAAGCAAAACCGAGCCUAUGGCAAUGGCCCACAGCCACAACGCCACGUGGCGCAACUGCAGCAUCAUCAUCAAAAGCACCGACCCGCUAGCCCACAUACUAACUACUAUGAGCCGCAAAGCAUGGAAUCGAAUGAAAUAGUGUUCGGGGCCGUACAAGAACAAGAGGGACGACGAGAGGCAAUGGUAAUGAAGGCAGUCGAUUAUGGGGAGCCCGUUUAUAAUGAUAAAAAUAGUAAUUUUUCGAACAAUGUUAGGUCGAGGUAUAAUUACAUGAGCUACUCCUCCUCCUCCUACGGUGGUUACUAG